AUGGAGACGCCGCGCAAUACGAGGGGAGGAGCGGGUGGCUCUUCUGCAUUAGAUGCUACACUGGAAGCAGCCGCUCUUGAUCAACAGGAAUCAAGCAUAUCUUCACCCUCGUCUGGUAGCACGUGGUUGCCCCGUCUCGGUGCUGCUGGCGGUAAUUCCUCUGCAGCGAUAGAAUACCGAAACACGACGGCCAGCACUGCAUCCUCGAGCAUCAACGGUGCGACUGGAGCUAUAGGCGUGGCGUCCAUGGGAUCGAGUGGGCCUGUUUCUGCGAGGGGUCAUGGUAGACCCUUAGUUCUGGAGGCAGCACGACGCCACUGCAAUAGACCGUUUAUUCCGCCGAUUGCUACCGCGCCGCUGUCCGCUGCUCGGCAGCCGCCACGUGGGAAAGGGGUAGGGGGCGAAGAUCUCAGCGAAAAUACCGGCAGCACGACUACGAUUGCUGGAAGAAGCGACGGUGCCAUCUAUUCCGCCAGUUCUACGAGACCGUCGUCAGUGGCAACCGAGCGCUCUGUUCGUCACAGCCGCGGAUGCAGUCCCUUGUCAUCUGCAUAG